AUGGAUAUAGAUAGUAUAAAUAAAUAUAUUUGCAAUAUACACAAGAAAUCAUUAAAGUUAAUAUGUUUUAAUUGUAAUAUUCUACUGUGUUCAAGAUGUACAUCAAAGCAUGCCGGUCACACACUGGACCACAUCGAUGAAAUCAAAGGAAAUGUACCUCAUGCCAACAAUGACAAGGAAAGUUGCAAUCAGAGUAAUAUUAAAGCGAGCGAAUCUGUGGCUGGUGAUAGCUCUAGUUUCUCAAAUCUUAGAUCCGGUUUGGAAGAGAUUUGGAAGAGGAUAAAGGUAAUGGCGGAAAGACACACACUGCUAGAAUCAACAGAGAAUGAGAUAUCGUCGCACUUUCAACAACUACAUGAGUAUCUCAUUGUAGAGGAACACAAAAUCAAGAAACCGAUUGUCACCGACAAAGAACAACUACAACAAGAACUAUCGAUACUUAUCGAGGAAAUCAAGUCGUUGAACAAAAUAUUCAGUAAUAUCAGACAAUUGAAUCAUGAAAGUGGUAGAAGUUCAAUUACUGUUAGCAGUGGUGGUGGUGGUGGUGAUGGUGAUGACACCUUCUCAAAAGCAGAAGAUACAGAAGAGUGUUAUAAAUUGUCAAAUAUCAUCCAGUCUCUACAACGUUCGGCGACUCUCUAUGAAUUCAUUCAGAGAAACAGCGAUACUCUAUUCUACACAUUCCAAGACAAUGAAAUCAGUAGUUCCGAUAGCAGUAUCAAUGACUGUGUCCUAUUGGAUUCAAUCAUUAAACACAAUGAAAAGUUCCAAACUCUGAAGCAUACAAGCGGAAGUAAUGCUAUCGUUGGCAGAGAUAACAACAGUACUCUCUAUAAAAUCAGAGUGAAUACUCCAAACAUCCUCCAGAUCAAGCAAAAGAUUCAAAAUUCAUUUACACUGGUACCGGUAAACAAAGCACAGUUGAAUCAGAAGAAAAGAACAUUCCUCCUGUCAACCGAGCGCAAAAAGGGCAAUAAGCUAUACUUUACCGAGAUGACCAACGGUCGUGUUACCGAGUCGAAUUUCAAGGCUGCCGAUUACAACUCUGCAGAUAUCUGGGCGUACAAUUCAACGGUACUCGCUGGCGAUCAUAUCUACUGCUUUGGUGGCGACUCAAAGAGUAACAAAUACCUGAGAUUCUGCAUUCACACCAAAACAGUCGAUCUCAACGAGGAGAUGAAGGGUAUAGAAAACUGUAGCUAUCCUGCGGUUUGCUACGACAAUCAAGAGUACAUCUACAUCGUCGAUGGCAAUUGGAAGAGCGAUUCAACUAUCACUCGCUACAGUAUUGAAACGAACAAGUUUGAAUUGUUUGCAAUCGUCGAGAAGACAACCUAUCCGCACAUUGCAUUCUACUACAACGAUUGCAUCUACACUGUUCUACCAUCGAAAAACCGUAUUAUGAAAGUAAACGUAGCAAACAAGACAGUAUCGGAUGUUCAAUUACAAUCGGAUACCAUUCCUAUCAGAAGUUCAAGUUGUACCGAUGGCAACGGAACAGUCUACGUGUUGACACCUCACCGAUUCUACAGAUUCCAUAUCGAUAAACCAGUGAUUCAAGAACUUAAACAAACUAAAAAUAUGGAUUUCAACAAUCAAUUGAUCUAUCACCAGGCGUCACCAUUGGAAACAUUUAUCUACUCUAUCCAAGGAAAUGGUCACAACUCUGUUUACUCUAUAGAGAAUGAUAGUUGGGAGCAGGUCCUACCAGAUGAUACUUCAAAUAGAACUAACUGUGCUUCUAUCAUAUAUUCAAUUAGCGAUUAA